GCGACAGCACAGUGGGUGUUGGAUCUCCUCCACUGCCCGCGAAUCUACGCCCACAGCCCACAGCCAUGAGUUGCUGGCCUCCAUCGCCCACAAGCGAUUGACAUGGUCGUACUUCUUCUUCUUCUUCUUCCCUGCAAAUCAACCGGCACCCAAUUUUUCUCAUCUCCUAGCUAGCCACCUACCUCUGGGUGUGUGUGUCUGCAUGGAUAAAUCAUAAAUGGAUUGCUGGAUUCGAUGCUGUGGAUGAGCUUCCCCUCCCUCUAUCCGAUCCGUCAGGCCACCGCUCCCCUAGCUUCCUCCUAUCCACCGUCUCCUCCUACCUCACCUCAGCUAGCUAGCUCCACUAGAAACUAGUAGUGUCAAUUGCUAUUUCAGCUGGGCGACUCUCCCAAUCUCGAUCCAUUCCAUCUGAUCCUUGCCCGGUCGAUCGAUCGCGGGACGAAGAACAGCACGCAGAUCAUUCUGCACGUUGAUGCGUGCAAACUGUCUGAUUGCUGAAGAUAAAGAUGAAGAGCAGCAGUAAUCUCGAGGCCUUCCUCCAGGCCGCCACGCCCCUGCUACCAUGGCGCUCCAGCACCAUGGAACGGUUCCAGGGCGCGCCCAGCAGCGUGUGGCUACAGCCGGACGGCAAGAGCAAGGACGCGGUGGAGUACUUCGCCCUGUCCGACCUGUGGGAGCACUACGCCGAGAGCAGCGCCUACGGCCUCGCCGUGCCCGUGCGGGACGCCGGUGACCGCGCCGUGGUCACCACCCAGCACUUCGUCCCCUACCUCUCCGCCGUCCAGCUCUACACCGCCACAAAGCCCACCACUCACACACUCGGCGCCACCUCCAGGAGCACGGGGAGCGAGACAGAUUCGUGGAGCGACGACAGCGUAGGCGACAGGUUCGCCGGCUCAGGGUCCUCCUCCUGGGACGCCGCGUCUGACGAAGACGAUUCUUCCUCCACCUACGACGGCAACGGCUCCACCGGCGUCUCAGCGAAGCAGAGCGGCUACCUGAAUUUCCAGUACAGGGAGUGGGACUCGCCCUAUGAGAGGGUGCCGCUGGCUCACAAGGUGGCGGAGCUGGCUCAGGAUUACCCAUGCCUGACGUCGCUCAGCAGCGCGGAGCUCUCGCCGUCCAGUUGGAUGUCCGUGGCAUGGUACUUAAUUUCUGAGAUCACUCCACUGUUCUCUACUUAUUUGCUGGUACCCAAUAUAUCACAUCCCUGCUCAUGUCAACGUGAAGGGUACCUCUGCCUGCUUCCUCACCUACCAUUCCAUCUCAUCGGUCUUUCAAGACAACAUACACAACGGACCGGAGCACGAGGAUGGUGAGAUCGCCGCGCUCUCGCCGUUCGGGCUGGCCACGUACCGGAUGCAAGGGGAUUUGUGGAGGAGGCCAGGGUCAUCGGACCCCAGGAGGCUGUCUGAGCUCCAUUGGGCGGCGUCCUCCUGGCUCAAGCAAGUCGGCGCGCACCAUCCUGACUUCACCUUCUUCACGUCGUCUCACCGUCGAUGACACGACACCUUGUUGAUUCCGCGUGUGUUUCGGUGCAUUGCAUGGUGUGAAGAUAUGACACAAAGGAUUGCUUGUAGGAUUUGAUAGAACAACACGAAAUGGGUUUUUGUUCUUCCUCUUCUUUCUGAACUUGCAGGAAGAUACAGUAACUUGUUGAACUGGUCUGUGUGGAAUUGAGUGUCCAAGCGAAUGGCCUCUGUUUUCUUCA